AUCGGAAAUUUACGUUGCUAUUUUUUUUUCUCUUCUUCGUUAAUUCGUAUUUUCGGAUCUACUUUCCAAAUUUGUGUAUCUGAGAUGCGAGAUCGUUCUGUUUCUAAUAUUCGAUUCGAAUCGAUUCUAACAUUUUCGUAGAAGCUGAGCUGAAUUUCCGUAGCUUACAAUUUACCUUUCAUUUGAUUUCAUUCAAAUUAAGAGAUUAAACAAAGUUUUUCAUAGCUCUGUUUUGAAUUAGUCUUUUAGAUCUUGCGGUAGUUUGAACAUCGAUGUUCAUGUGAAAUUGCGAAACUGCUAUAGUGCACACAUAAACUUAGAUCUGGAUUUUCAAUGUUUCACAUUGAGCUGCACGGACUUCAAAGUUUGGUAUCUGUUUGAAAUAGCAGCAACUGCGUUUUAUUUAGAGUGAAAUGACAGAUCUCAAACUUAGUAGCUUAGUAACUGGACUUCGAAAACCAGAAACAUAUUGUCAAAGAGGCAGAAUAUGGCUGAACAUGUUAAGUCAGAGACGAAACCAACCGAUGGAGCGGAUGAUUUACUAACUGCUGAAAAUAUGCAGAUUGCAGAGCAACAUGAAGAUUAUCUAUGUCAGCGGACAUUUUUGUCUAUAAUCGGUGGAGUAGUUGCUGGAAUUUUUGGGUUUACAGGCUUAAAAGGAUUUGUCUUAUACUUUCUGCUAAUGUCUUUUACUUCACUUGUGCUCCUAGCAAAAUCUAAAAUUUCAAUCCACUCAUACUUUGACUCCCGGAAUCGAGUGCUAAUGGAUGGCUUUCUAGGUGGUCUAAUGCUAGUCAUUUGUGCUGUUCUGGACAUUUGCAUACGACGUUGUACAUAUAUUUUGAUCGAAAGUCGUCUGGAAAUGCCUUUAAAAAGGCAACUUUUGGCGUCUGUUGCUGAUUUCGCUGCUUGCUAGAUUGCUUUACAGGACCAUCUAGUUACUGGAUAGCUUCAUGAUGACUUUGUAAGCUCUACUUCCGUUGGGGAUUAUGUAAUCUUAGAGAGGAAACAAUUUUGUUAAAUUGGACUCGGGGAGAUUAUUCUAUAGACUAGUUUGUAUAUGUAGCGAUUUAUUUUGGCAUUUAGUUUAAGUUGCUUCUUAACGAAAAUAUGAUGUUUCACCUGCAGCUUUCUGUGAUGAAACUCCUUGAUUGACAAGGUAAGACCGCAUUCUGGUAUCCAUUGUACAACCUUAAGUCUCUAGUAUAUAUGCCCACUGAUUUCUAAAUUCAACUGUGGGCUUUUUAUUUUGA